UGUGCAGUGGUCGCAACGCGCGUAUCCCUUGCCUCACCUCCUUCUCUAGCUCCCUUACCCACGGUCGGUCGCCCACAUUCCCAGAUACACAGUCCCUUGGAAUUUUUUGCACAUUCAUUUUCAAACACCGCCGAACUAGCAAUAGGAAAACAUGGCCUCAGGUGUUACAGUCAACGAUGAAGUCAUCAAGGUCUUCAACGACAUGAAGGUGCGCAAGUCCUCAAGCUCGGACGAGGCGAAGAAGCAGCGCAAGAAGGCCGUGCUGUUCUGCCUGAGCGACGACAAGAAGAAGAUCAUCGUGGAGGAGGGCAAGCAGAUUCUGGUGGGCGACAUCGGCGAGACCGUGGAGGACCCCUACGCUACCUUCGUCAAGCUGCUACCUCUCAACGACUGCAGAUAUGGCCUGUAUGACGCCACCUACGAGACAAAAGAGUCCAAGAAGGAAGACCUGGUAUUUAUAUUUUGGGCACCAGAAGGCGCGCCACUCAAAAGCAAAAUGAUCUACGCUAGUUCUAAAGAUGCCAUCAAAAAGAAGUUUACAGGUAUCAAGCACGAAUGGCAAGUCAACGGUUUAGAUGACAUUCAGGAUCGCUCGACUUUGGCGGAAAAGCUGGGAGGCAACGUGGUCGUAUCGCUGGAAGGAAAACCAUUGUAAAAGGAAACAAAAAGACAUGUGCCAUCUGGAUUCCGCGCGCUUUCAUCUUAGCAGCUGUGUCUAUAUCAUUUGAUCCUGAAGGAGUAGCAUUAGAUUAACUUUUUUUUGUUUUGUUUUGUUUUAUCUUUGUUUUUUGUUUUGUUUUUCCACAAUGAAGGAGAUCUCAUUAACAUGUACAAAAAGAAAAAAAAGAAUGAAGGUCCAGCUACUUAAUAGCCAGCUGAUGUUAUCAAUUCCUGGUAGGAGUUUUUUUUUUUUCCUUUUCUUUUUCUUUAUUUGUUUUCCUUCCGUUAAAACCUUCAUGGAAUGUUCGCACACAUUGUGUUUUUUGCCAAACGAAAAAAAGCAAGAUAUGACACUACCAGGAACUAAUAACGCUCCCAACACUAAGAGACAGAAAACCCCCACAAAAACGACACUUGGCUUUUUUGUUUGUUUGUUUUCGUUUUAUUUUUUGCUGUUUUUUUUCUUCUUCAGCCAUGACAGUGUCGUAUCGAAGCUUAAGUCAUACGAAUCUGAGAAUGCUUUCUGUCUAUGCCUUGACAAUUACUCACUCCCCUGGGUGCUCGCCACUAUCCAGAGCGCUUUGCACUCUUUUUGAGUUUGAAAUGUAUUUGUAUAUUGAUGGCUCUACCUAAUUGGGCUUUAUGUUGACAUGGCAAAACACGUUUUACACUAUGCAGAAAAAAGAGACGCACUUUUUUUGUAUACACUACAAGUUGAGGUAGGAAGUUUUUCAAGAGAGAAUGACAAUUUGAAUAUCUUGUUUGUCAUGCGGACAGAAGUUUUAAAGAACCACAGUUUUUUUUCCAUUCCUGUUAUGCAUAUGGACAAGGACAGAUGGGUAUAUUACUGUUCCGUUUGCAGCCUUACUUUCAUUGGAAUGUACAGUACACUGCUGAAUACCAAGGAGAGAGGGGUGCUGCUCACAGUUUUUAUAAACACUGAAAAGAGAACACAUACACAACUAUCUGUAAAGAUGGCAGUAUCUGCAUUUGCAGCCUUAAGUGGAAUAUUGUUUUUGAGAUCAAGGAAGUUUCGCCACUUCGCAAUAAAAAAAAAUAUUGUGGCAGACAACACUAA